UCCCCCUCUCUCUCUCUCUCUCUCUCUCUCCCUCUCCCUCCCUCUCCCUUUCUCAUCUUGUUCCUUCACUCACAGAUGUGACGCCAGGAGAGACGCAUUCUUAAUGGGAUUUUCCCGAAUUUUUCUCUGAUUACAUCUUCCUCGGGCUGCACACAGAUCUCAGUUCUUUUAAAAAAAAAUCUCUCACACACAGAGGGACUCUCUCUUGCUGUGGAGGGGGGCAGCGGGUUUCCAUGGCUUCUUUGUCAGGCUGCGGUGGCGGCGCCUCCAGGCACUCGGGCAGUUCCUAGUUUAAAUAUUGUUUUUCUUUAAAGAAUUAAUUCGGUUAGAAACUAUUUGGACUUUCCUCUGGGAACCGUUUGCGGCGCGUUGCCCUCGCCGUCUAAUUUUUAUUUUGGUUUGAAUCUUAUAAAUUUGUAUACCCAUUAUUUUUUUUGUGUGUGUGGAAGGUUUUUCUUUUAAUUAUAUUAGCUAAGUUUUUUUUUAAAUUUUUGUGUAUGUGUGUGGUUGUGAUAUGGUGCUUGAAAGAAAGCUGCAAGAGGAUUUCAACCGUUUUUCCUGACGGCGACGGUGGGGUUUUGGGUCCUGUUAAGUGAUUAAGAGGCUGAGUGCAAGUGUUUGUGUGUAUGUGUGUGUGUGUUGUGUUUUCACAUAUAUAUAAAAGAAGGAAGCGAGUGACCGAGUUGCUGCAUUGCAGCCCCCCUUUGGAAUAUUAUCUGUACAAUGGCGACUCCCAGCUACAGCAACAACUCCAGCAGCUCAGCACAGCAGCAACAGAGUCAGCAGCAAAACACAACCACCUGCAUGCAGGAGAGAGGCUGCGGACUCAUAGCAUUGAAUCCUCAGGAAAAUUGAAGAUCUCUCCAGAACAAUUGUAUGACUUCACUGCAGAUGACCUCAAGGACCUUGGGGAAAUAGGACGUGGAGCCUACGGUUCUGUGAACAAAAUGAUCCAUAACCCAAGCGGACAGGUUAUGGCAGUGAAACGAAUUCGAUCAACGGUGGAUGAGAAGGAACAGAAACAACUUUUGAUGGAUUUAGAUGUUGUAAUGAGGAGUAGUGAUUGUCCAUAUAUCGUUCAGUUUUAUGGCGCACUCUUCAGAGAGGGCGAUUGUUGGAUAUGUAUGGAGCUCAUGUCUACCUCAUUUGACAAAUUCUACAAAUAUGUAUAUGGUGCAUUAGAUGAUGUUAUCCCAGAGGAAAUCUUAGGCAAAAUCACAUUAGCUACUGUGAAAGCACUUAACUAUUUAAAAGAAAACUUGAAAAUAAUUCACCGAGAUAUCAAGCCUUCCAAUAUUCUUAUGGACAGAAAUGGCAAUAUUAAACUCUGCGAUUUUGGUAUUAGUGGACAACUAGUAGAUUCUAUUGCCAAAACGAGGGAUGCAGGAUGCCGACCAUACAUGGCACCUGAAAGAAUAGAUCCAAGUGCUUCAAGACAAGGCUACGAUGUGCGGUCAGAUGUUUGGAGUUUGGGAAUCACAUUAUAUGAGCUAGCCACUGGACGAUUCCCAUAUCCAAAGUGGAACAGUGUAUUUGAUCAGCUAACCCAGGUAGUAAAAGGUGAUCCCCCGCAACUCAGCAAUUCUGAAGAGAGGGAGUUUUCUCCCAGCUUCAUCAACUUUGUUAACUUGUGCCUUACAAAGGAUGAGUCCAAAAGGCCAAAGUAUAAAGAGCUUCUGAAACAUUCUUUCAUCUCGAUGUACGAGGAGCGCAGGGUGGAUGUUGCAAGUUAUGUUAGCAAAAUCUUGGAUCAAAUGCCCCCUACCCCUGUAUCCCCAAUGUACGUUGAUUAAUUUUGCUGCUGAAAAGAUGGCCUUAAAAUGGCUGAGAGAAAUCAAGGUGUAAAGAUUUGUUUUAUGACACAUUGCAGUGUUUCUAUUUUUAACUUGCUCAAACAGUGCAAUAAAAAUUGGUGUUCCAUUUUCCUUCUGUCUGCCCACAAUUGUCCAUUCAAAGCAUCCUUCUCAUUGUACCCAAGUCAUCACAAGAAUUUUACUGGACCUGAAAUAUUUAUUGCCUUUUUGGGAUAAACAUUGGAGGGUACCAUUGUGUUCACUGAAAUCUGAAAAUUUCUGGGACAUUGUUUAGCCAUCGCUGGGAAGAGUUUGAAACUGGAGUUGACUCAUUACAAGUAAAAGAACAAAAGUUGGAAAUAGUCAGGCAGCAUCUUCACAGUACAAUUCUGGAAAGACUGUCUUGGACUAGUUUUUCCUUCCAUUGCAUAGAAUAUUUUAGGCAAAACCCUCAAGGACUCCUCGAUAUCUGCUUUGUCUUCAAUGAAAGGAAACCUCUAUGUGAACAGGAUACUUCGAACAAUAUUCCAGUGCAGUCAAGCAACUUUGAAUUUUGCUCAACAAAGUGCAAUAGAUUUACUGAUUUUUAAUUCUGUUGCUUUAUAGUUAGUGUAUAUCAUGGAGGAAUGAAUUCAUCUGUAUUUUACUGUUAAUAAAGUUGAAAUGAUUUUUUUAAAAUAAGCGCAAAAUUGAACAGCAUGUCUUUCACCAAAAAAAUGUGUGAACUGAGGUUUGCAAUGAAAACAAAAUUGAUACAGGAAAGGUUUGAUGCAAAAAGCUGACUUAUUCCCCUAAAAUGGAACUUUUGUAUGAGUUUAAUGGCAUUCACUGUAUAUUAUCUGUAACCAUUAGGAAAAUUGGCCAACUCAUCUGAGAAAAAUUGUUUAAUAUUGACUAUUAAAAUCUACAGUAAAGAUACUGGGCUAUGGUGUAACUUUGAGCAGCAUGCUUUGAGUAAAGCAUGCUGGGAAAAAUAAGCUUGUAUUGAAGCAACAAAUGUUUUCCUGUUUAUCAGUCUGUAAAUGUACACAUUGAUGUCUUAGGAUUUUAGACUAAAGCAGGCUAUAUAUGGAUUAUGCAGUGAGCACCUGGCAGUGAUGUACUUAAAUGUUGCCCACCGACAGCUCAUACUGUGGCUCAACGUGCUAUUUUUACCAGAAAUUAUUUAUGCAAAAAUAAAUAUAUACCUGUGACUGCUGAAAACCUUGAGAAACAAGAAGCCCUCCAGGUUUAUCAGUGGUAUAUUGACACCAUUUGGCUAUGUGUUUAAUUAUUGGUUGUACUUGUCUGCUGAAGAAAAACAGUUUAAUGGUAAGAGAAAUGAAAUGAAAAGUUUGGAUGUUAGGUGCAGAGUCUUCCAUUUAGUUUAACACCGCUGUGAUUGACCAGCUCCAGAGGUGCUAUAAGUCUGGAAGAAUUCCAUUGCUUCAGAUAGUUAUAGGAAAGUUUUAAUUUUAGCUGCACAUGAACAGGACUUGUGUGCUACACAAAAAAGGAUUCCUUGUGAGAUUCUAUUUUUCAUACCAACAUCUGUGGAGAGAAUGUUAGUUUUUUUUGAGGACAGCUGAUAGUUUUUGUAAUGGACAAGUAAAUCCAAUAAGUAUCUCCUUUGUAGAUCAAAAUGUCACUAAAGUUUUAAAACAAAAAUAUGCAAAAUUUGUGUUCCUCUCUCCUGCUUUUAUAACUUAAGACAUGCUUCCCCUUCCCCCAACCUCCCAUCAUAGUUCAUUGUGUUCAAUUCUACUGGUGGAGAAAUGAACUUGAUUUAAAAAAAAGUCAAGAGACUUUUCUUCAAACUUCUCGAGUGGAAUGCCUGUAAAAUUGGCAGUUUAUACGUAUAUUAAUCUUAGAUUAUAAUCUAUUAAGGGUGAGGAAUAUAUUACAGUGUAUCUUUAAAAAGGUGUAUAAUGGUCACAAACUGUGAAAAUAGAAUAAGAACUGUACAUUGUGAACUUUGGUUAAUUUUUCUUUCCUGUAUCAUAGAAAAUGUAUAAAAAAUAUCAAAGCUGAUGUGCAGGGAUAUCGCCUUACUUGUCUGUGAAAAUGGAGCUCGCUGAGUAACAUCACCAUAGCAUUAUUUUACAGAGCUCGUGGAUAUUUCUUAUCCUGUAUACUGGUUUGACUUCUUCCUAUAUUUAAAACAUUAUAAAUGGAAUCUUAAAUAUUCAUAUAAUAGUUCUAUACUCUUGCCUGCAGGUCAGUUGUAAUAAAACUAGAACGUGACUGUGACCUUGUUCUUGUUUUGUAAGGUCUGAAACACACAAUUGCAAAAAUAAACUCCAAAUUGAAAUA